AACAAGAACCAUAACAAAGUCGACCACCACAACGACGACCCGCAUUCCACGACACGAGAUCCCUCCACCACUCAGAAGAGCCUCAACAACAUCCCCCGCGCAAACCUUACAUGUAAUUAAAAGAGCGCACCCGACCCACAACCCCCACCACAGCGCACCCGCGCAACAGCAACCCCCCCAACCAAACUACACACAAUGGACGCCUCCCACCGCAAAAUCGAGCUCCAAUCUCCCUCAGACCUCACCUUCCUCACAUCCCAAAUCCGCACCGCCGCGCGCCAAAAACUCGAUCUGCACCUCCCGCCCGUGCCCUCGUCUGACACAAACGGCGAUGCGCCAGACGAACUGCGGCGCUCGGUUGAAGAUCUCGUUGAGAUAUUUGUUGCGAAAGUGCUGCAGGGGAUAAGGCAUAAUGUUAGUAUCAACGGGAUCGAUGUUGUGGAGAGUGGGAAUGAGGGGGAUAUGAUGGAUGGGGUUGUGAAUGGGAAUGGAGGAGGAGGAGCGGAAGGAGAGUCCAUGGUAGAGACUGUGGAAUACGAACCCUUCGACGAUAAACUGCGGAGUCAACUAUCAUCCACAGUAGCGAAACGCGACGCGCUCAUCGCGAAGAUAAGCCAGCAACGGCGUACGACACCUAAAGUUGCGGCGGAGACAUGGAUGAAGGGGUUUGAAGAGGAGGAUAGGGUGUGGGCGGAAAUUCAGGAGUCGUUGCAGAAAGAUGCUGCUGCGAAUGGAGAUGGGGAAGUAGCGGACGUGGAGGCGCUGCAGAGGCAAGAUGAGGUGGAGAGGAAUUGGGAGAGGGCGGUCACCGGGUUGCAGAGGUUGAACAAGGGGUUACCGGAGACGAGGGCGAGGUUGGAGAGGGCGGGGGAUGUGGUGGGGUAUUUGGGGGGUGCGAAGAAGUGA